AUGCCCUCCGAAGAGAUCACGAAAGAGAUGGAGGAGAUGGGCGCAUUUGGACCCAUGGUCCGCGGCCCUGUCUCCCGCGACGACGCUGCCUUGACACGUCUGGGAAAGAAGCCUGUUCUGAAGAGGAACUUUGGUUUCAUGACCAUUCUGGGGUUCAGCAUUAUCUACGGAUUCAUUCUCGUCUGGGCGGGCACGCUCUCUGUGUUUGCAACCCUCUCCGAGCUAGUCUCCAUGGCGCCGACCUCUGGCGGGCAGUACCACUGGGUCUCCAUGCUCGCACCGCCAAGCUCGCGAAAGUUCCUGGGGUACCUGACCGCAUGGCUGGCUCUCACGGGCUGGCAGGCCCUGGUAGCAUCAGGUGGCUUCGUGACCGGCACGAUGAUCCAGGGGCUGAUCCUGCUCACCCACCCCGACUACGGCACUGCAAUGCAGAAUUGGCACGGCACGCUCCUCUUUUGGGGGGUCGUCCUGCUGGGUUUCGCCAUCAACAGCGCCAUCGGGUCUCUACUUGCCAAGUUUGAGGGCCUCGUCCUGGUCUUGCAUCUUCUGGGGUUCUUCGCCAUUAUGUUGCCCUUGGCCUUGCUGAGUGAGCAUGGGGACUCCUCGGCAGUGUUCAACAAUUUUUACAACCUCGGUGAUUGGCAGACGCAGGGUCUGUCUUUUUGCAUCGGGCUCCUCGGUAAUGUGUUCGCAUUUCUUGGGGCCGAUGGGGCCAUUCACAUGGCGGAAGAGAUCCGUAACGCCGCGGUGGUGAUACCCCGGUCACUCCUUACGGGGUUAGCGAUAAACGGGGCGUUAGGGUUUUCAAUGCUCACUGUCACUUUGUACUGCGUGGCAGUCGCCGACAUCGAUGCAGCACUCGCGGAGAACCCUUCCUACCCAUUCAUGUCAAUCUUCCGAACAGCUGUCGGAUCCACGGCGGGCGCGGCAGCGAUGGCUUCCGUCAUUGUGGUCAUGGCGUUUAGUGCCACAACAGGCUGCGUGGCUUCUACGUCGCGGUUGUAUUGGGCCUUCGCUCGCGAUCGCGGCCUUCCUGGGUGGAAGAUCCUGAUGCGGACAAGUCAACGCACCAGCAUCCCUCUGUAUGCUGUGUUCACAACAACCAUCAUCGCCAUCGUCCUGUCUCUGGUCAACAUAGGAGACGCAACCGCCUUCAACGGCGUCAUAUCCAUUUCGAUCGCCGGGCUCUUCGGAUCCUAUCUCAUGGCCUCCUCACUCUUGCUUUACCGACGGCUGCGCGGGCAAAUUCGCAACCCCAGUCCGGAGGACCUGCUGGUCAACACUUUUUCGCAGGCUGCCCUUCAACAGAUCACACCAGGUAACCUACGACUGUGUGAUUUCGAAGAAGGACACUGCGAGGAUGAGGAUGAGGACCUCUGGGAAGGGAAUGUGACGUGGCACUAUGUCUCACCGAACAGGAGACGGAGCGGUGAGGAAAUGGGGCAUGAUGCUCCUCCUCGAAAGGAGGAUGACUUGUACGGCCUGGGCCUGAGCAUCUGGUCACUUUACACCGGCCAGGUCCCGUUCAAGGACAUCGCCCAGGAUGACCUUGCGCUUAGAGAGGUACUCCUGCAAGGGGAUACGGUGAAUCUAGGUUUGAUUGACGAUGAGGAGAUAAGGGAUAUUGUGACAGAGUACCUUCGGCAAGGUGGAGCUCGCGCCUAG